AUGGCCGUGCACAAGGGCUUCAUCGGCUUCCACGGCGCGCACGUGUGCCGCGGCUACUUCCCCGACGCGCUGAUGCGCUGCUGGGACGAGUACGAGGAGCUGCGGGGCAGCGAGAACGAGCGGCCCGAGUUCUACGGCGCGGGCCAGUGGUGGGCCGUGGUCGGGCUGGAGAUGGGCGGUGUGGAUCUGGAGCAUUUUGAGUUGAAGGGAUGGGGGGAGGCGGUGGAUGUGUUUUGGCAGGUGGCGGAGGCGCUGGCGGGGGGGGAGGGGUCACCGCGACCUCCACUACGGAAACAUAGUGAUCCAGCGCAACCCCACGGGUCUCAAAGUCUCCCUAAUCGACUACACCCUCUCCCGGGCCCUCUGCCCGCCCCUCCCCACCACCACCACCCAAAAACCCAAAGCCCACUUCGCCCCCUCGACGACCCCGCCCUCUUCAGCGGCAAGGGCGACUACCAAUUCGACAUCUACCGCUUCAUGCGCACGCACCUCUCCUCGGGCCUCGUCCCCCCCGACGAGGAGGCCAUCGACUGGGACGUGUACGCGCCGCGCACCAACGUGUUCUGGCUGCACUACCUCGCGUGCGUGCUGCUGCGGCGCAAGGGGCUGCCGCGCGGGCGCAGAAUCGCCGGCGACGCCGAGCGCGAGGCGUUUGAGGCCGUGGAGAGGAUCGUGGCGGGGAUUGAUCCAAGGAAGAAGAGGUUUGGCGGCGGGGAGGUGGGGAGUGCGGCGGAGGUUGUGGCGUGGGCGAGGGGGGUGGGGGUGUGGAGGGGGGAGGGGGUCUAG